AUGGCGAGCAGGCUCCUGUCGAGGCAGGCACACCGGGCCUUUGCGUCCGUGGCGCCUAGGGAUGCAGCAGCGAGUGCUCGCAUCACUCCCCCAUACAAGCAUCUCACAGAAAACCUGCAGAAAGUCAGGCAUAUUCUCGGCAAGACGCCGCUGACCUUGGCGGAGAAGAUUCUUUAUGCGCACUUGGCAGACCCAGAGGCCUCUCUUGCCGGAAGAAACGGAAAUAUCAGAGGAGAAGUUUACUUGAAGCUCAACCCCGAUCGGGUUGCCAUGCAGGAUGCAUCUGCUCAAAUGGCCUUGCUCCAAUUCCUGACAUGCGGCUUGCCGACUUCUGCAGUGCCAGCAUCUGUGCACUGCGAUCACUUGAUUGUUGGACACAAGGGAGCAGAGCAGGAUCUCAAGGAUUCCGUCGCCAACAAUAGCGAGAUCUUCGACUUUCUUGAGAGUGCGAGCAAAAAGUAUGGACUGCAAUUCUGGGCACCGGGUUCUGGUAUCAUCCAUCAGAUUGUCCUUGAGAAUUAUGCAGCGCCCGGUGGUAUGAUGCUUGGUACAGAUUCACAUACGCCCAACGCUGGUGGUCUCGGCAUGAUUGCUAUUGGUGUCGGUGGUGCAGACGCCGUGGAUGCCAUGACGGCCACUCCCUGGGAGCUCAAGGCACCCAAGGUGAUUGGUGUUGAGCUGACUGGUCGUAUGCAAGAUUGGACAUCGCCAAAAGAUCUCAUCAUGUACCUCGCAGGCAAAUUGACUGUCCGUGGCGGUACCGGCCAUGUCAUUGAGUACUACGGAUCAGGUGUCGACACGUUGUCCUGCACGGGCAUGGCUACAGUCUGCAACAUGGGCGCUGAAGUCGGUGCAACAACAUCUCUGUUUCCUUAUUCCCAGGGCAUGCGUGAUUAUCUGCAUGCUACGCGACGAGGUGCCGUUGCUGCAGCUGCAGACAAAGCACACCACGAGCACGGCUAUCUGCAAGCAGAUUCGGGCGCGCACUACGAUCAAGUCAUCAAGGUGGAUCUCAAUACGCUGGAGCCAUACAUCAACGGUCCCUUGACACCAGAUCUCGCAACGCCUUUGUCCAAGUUUGGCCAAGCCAUCACCGACAAUGGUUGGCCCAAGGAGCUCAGUGUGGGUCUUAUUGGUUCUUGUACCAACUCUAGCUAUGAAGACAUGUCGCGUGUGGCAGACAUCAUCAGACAAGCCAGUGCUGCAGGUCUCAAGCCCAAGACGCCGCUUCUCGUCACACCCGGCUCUGAGCAAAUUCGAGCUACGAUUGAGCGCGAUGGACUGACAAGCGUGCUGGAAUCUGCUGGUGCGACUGUGCUUGCAAAUGCCUGUGGUCCUUGUAUCGGUCAAUGGCAACGUACCGAUGUUCAGCCAGGUGCAAGCCCGGCAAAGGGAGAGAAUGCCAUCUUGACAUCCUUCAACCGCAACUUCAAGGCACGCAAUGACGGCAAUGCAAAGACGCUCAAUUUUUUGGCCAGCCCUGAAUUGGUUGCCGCAAAGAUCUACAGUAUCGACUUGGCCUUUGACCCUACUAAGGAUGCAAUUGCAUUGCCUGAUGGUUCAGAGUUCCGCUUUGUUGCGCCUCAAGGUAUUCAGCUUCCUCAGUCAGGCUUUGAGGUUGGCGAUGCUUCCUACUUGCCUGCGUCCAUUCCAGAGCCAGAGGCUUCCGUUGAGAUCAAGGUGAAUCCUGAUUCUGACCGACUCGAAUUGCUAUCUCCGUUCCCACCCUUUACUGGUCCAGAGCUCGAGCUCAAAGUGGUUGUCAAGGUCAAAGGCAAGUGCACCACCGACCACAUCUCAGCUGCUGGUUCAUGGCUCAAGUACAAAGGACAUUUGACCAACAUUUGCAAAAACACCUUGAUUGGCGCAGUCAACGCUGAAACGGGCGAGACGAACAAGGCGUAUGAUUUGGACGGUACUGCCAUGACCAUACCAGAGCUGAUGGAGAACUGGCGGCAACGCAGCCAACCUUGGAUGAUUGUUGCUGAGCACAACUAUGGCGAAGGCAGUGCGCGUGAGCAUGCUGCAUUGCAGCCCCGAGCGCUUAAUGGGCGCAUCAUUCUCUGCAAGUCCUUUGCUCGCAUUCACGAAACCAAUUUGAAGAAGCAAGGGAUUUUACCGAUUACUUUCAAGAAUGAGUCUGACUAUGACUUGAUCUCUGCUUGUGACAGUGUUCAAACGCAGGGUCUCGCGGAUCUUGUUGGUGAGCAGGGUGAAAAUGCCCAGUUGUCGUUGCUGGUGACAAAGCGCGAUGGCUCACAACAAACCAUCCCCGUGCAGCACACCAUGUCGAGUGACCAGAUUGCCUUCUUCAAGAGCGGUUCGGCAUUGAACCUUAUUUCUAGCCGUGCUCAACAGCAGGCGAGGCUAUAG